GCGCAUCAAAUUUGACAUCGGCCCUAGCAUCUUUCUCGCGAAUCAAACGGGAAGCCGAAGCGAAGGCAAAGGAAAGAGCAAGGACUGGAGCAUAUGGGGGAUCUGUUUGCAUGGAUAUUCUCCUUCUUCAUCCUCAUUGCCCUCCUAGUCCUCGUUGUUUACCAGCUCAUGUGCUUGGCAGAUCUGGAGUUUGAUUAUAUCAACCCCUAUGACUCUGCAUCCCGGAUAAACAAGGUUGUUUUGCCGGAGUUUAUCACACAAGGAGUCUUAUGCUUGUUCUAUUCCCUAACAGGCCAUUGGUUUAUGUCACUCUUGUGUGGUCCAUACCUGUACUACAAUGUGAGACUGUACCAACGAAGACAGCACCUGAUAGAUGUAACUGAGAUAUUCAACUUGCUCAAUUGGGAAAAGAAGCAACGGCUCUUCAAACUUGGCUAUCUAAUUUUUCUCCUCUUCCUUUCCAUAUUCUGGAUGAUUUUGAGCGCAUUGGAGGAUCAUGAUGAUGAUUAGCUGGGCAAGGAUGGUUGUUUUACGGGAUAUAAUCAAUGUGAUUACUUAGUAUACCAUUAUGGCUGCCUUCUAUCAGAUGAUUGCAUUCAAUUGCUGCCAUGUUUCUACACCAAGUUUGUUGUAACUGAUAUAGCUUUGGGAGAAGUUUCAGGGUUUGGAAGUAGGUUUCCUCGUCUUUUUAUGAUAGCAUGUCUCUAAAUUGUUGUAUGCUUGCAGGAUAUUUUUUUGAUUUGUUAAAAGGAAAAUUAAGUCAUUUAUAUUUUCUUUCAA